AUUGUAUCGUUUCUGUCGAGCGCUGCACAUCACUAGCGGGAAGAGCGCAGAAAAAGCAGCAAAGAAAAAGUCUUUUCUUUUCACGGUAAAAGAAAACGGUGGCGAUUUUGGCCUGCCUUCGCAAACUAAAUCGAGCCGGAAAAGUGCAUCCGGUCGAGCUGUCCGGGAAGCAGUUGCGUUCGCGAGUGCGUGUUGCUAGCGGAGCCCUCACGCCCCGAAGCUGUGCAGAAAACAUAUCCGCCGAUCUGUCGAGGCCCAGCGAGACGACGACCGCGUCAUCUUAAUGGCCGAUUGAGCAAAACCGUGCGCGUAUUCUCCCGUGUGUGUCGAGAGCAGAGCCCUUUGCCGUGGUGUACGUGAAUGCGUGCUUCCGGUACCAUCUUUGUCCAUCCGUCUUUACGACCCUGUGUGUGCGGCAGGCACGCACGGCCACGGUCAAACGGUACACCACCCAGUCCGCUGCUGCUGUUGCCGCUGCUCAUCCCGUCCCCGAUCCAUCCGGGAGUGUGUGGGGAGGACAGUGUGGUGGUUGCGCCCGCUCCGAGAAGGAAGAAGGAAAAGUGCAACGGCGGUACGUUGUCCGUGGUGCGAGGAAAACGUACGCGAAAAUACACACAAGGGCGGGGUGGCGAAAUCCGCACCGUAUUCGACCGACUCCAGUGUGUCGUCGUGAGGCGAGGAUGAUUCUCAGUUGCGCGACGCAAGUGAGAUGAAAAGUGUGCAAAAGUGAACGUGAAUUUGUCGCGGAGGGAGUGAGGGGUAGCGAGAAGGAAUCGUCUUACAGGCUGCGGCUGCUCGGAUGAUGGUGGUGUCGAAUUAAACUCCCGAAACAAGUGCAUUCAAGUUGGCGGAAGCAAAAUUUUUCGUUGGUUAUCGUUUACGUUAUCGCGUUCAGCCUGCGCAUUUGAUGAGCCUUCUCCAUCGGAGCACUCCCGUUCACUGGGUACGGUAGCACUGAACCACACGUAAACGGCGGCCCGUAGACGACCGGAGGUGUAUACAACAUAGGCUGACGGAGCCGGAUCGACACACACACACGUACACAUACACACAGGAUACGAAUUUUCUCAAUCCCCUCAGCCCCUAAGCAACGUCGCUUCGCUGGCCCGGAAGAUUUGCACGCUGGCCGUGUUCUUCGACGUCGAUCGGCGGAAGUGAAGUAGAACGAGCGCGUGUCGUGUCACCCUGUGCAUGUGUAUGUGUGUGCGCGCGUUUGAGUUUAUCUGUGGUGCGGAGUGGUGCCUCCAAAACGUGUGAUCCUCCGAGGUUUGCGAAGCUUCCCACUCGUCUCGUACACACAUCACAUCGUCACCCCACCAACUUGCACAACCCGGGGGGGCGCAAGAGAAGACACCGCGGAGAUCAACCAGCAGCAGCGAGGGGCAGGGUGUGUGGUGGAUAGCGGUGGUAUUUUGUGAUAAUUGAAUUAGUGCAAUAAUAUACGGCGCAGUCAGGAAGAAAGGCCGACCGGCGCGGGCACUGUAAGGCAUCAUAUGUCAGCAUAGCACGUGCUCACGGAAACUCGCGGAACAGUGUGACGGUACAGAGUGUGUGUGUGUGGGUGUGCGUGUAGUAGCAACACGGUAAGGAGAAAAUCAAAAGUGAAUCCUCGCUAGUGCGAACACCCGCCUCCCCUGGCGGUAGGCAAAUAGUGGUGUGUGUGUGUGUGAUCAUACAUAGCUUAAGCGGGGCCCAGGUUUGUUGCGAUCGGGGAUAGCGGCUUGUUGCGACAGGAUUCGAAACAGCUAGGAGCAGACCCCGACACUCACCGCCCACUGUUCGGCAACCAUUCUGCAAUAAUAAAUACAACAAGAAAACAAAACACGAGAGGAUAACGGAAGCCACCGGAAGCGCCUGCAUCCAAUCCCGCCAGCAUGGAGUGCUGCCUGUCCGAGGAAGCCAAAGAGCAAAAGCGCAUCAAUCAGGAGAUUGAGCGGCAGCUGCGACGAGACAAACGAGAUGCGAGGCGAGAGCUGAAACUGUUACUGCUGGGUACUGGUGAAUCGGGUAAAUCAACAUUCAUCAAGCAGAUGCGUAUUAUUCACGGCAGCGGCUACUCGGACGAGGACAAGCGGGGCUUCAUCAAACUAGUAUACCAAAACAUUUUCAUGGCGAUGCAGUCAAUGAUACGAGCGAUGGAUCUGCUGAAGAUACUGUACAGUGAUCCGGCAAAUAUCGAGCAUGCCGAGCUAAUACGAAGCGUAGACUUCGAGACAGUGACCACAUUCGAACCGCCAUACGUUCAAGCAAUCAAAGACUUAUGGGCCGAUGCGGGCAUCCAGGAAUGCUACGACCGAAGGAGAGAGUAUCAGCUAACAGAUUCCGCCAAAUACUACUUAAGCGAUUUGGCACGUAUCGAACAGGAAGAUUUUCUCCCAACUGAACAAGACAUUCUCAGGGCUAGGGCACCGACAACGGGCAUUUUAGAGUAUCCGUUCGAUUUGGAUAGCAUCAUCUUUAGGAUGGUAGACGUCGGCGGACAAAGAUCUGAGAGAAGGAAAUGGAUCCACUGUUUCGAGAAUGUGACAUCAAUCAUCUUCUUGGUUGCACUGUCGGAGUACGAUCAGAUUCUGUUCGAAUCGGAAAACGAGAAUCGAAUGGAAGAAUCGAAAGCUUUAUUUAAGACCAUUAUUACGUACCCAUGGUUCCAACAUUCGUCGGUGAUUCUGUUCUUGAACAAAAAGGAUUUGCUGGAGGAAAAGAUCAUGUAUUCACACUUGGUAGAUUACUUUCCCGAGUACGAUGGACCACAGCGAGAUGCAAUAGCUGCCAGAGAAUUUAUACUUCGCAUGUUUGUAGACUUAAAUCCCGAUUCGGAGAAAAUAAUUUAUUCACAUUUCACUUGUGCGACAGAUACGGAAAAUAUCCGGUUUGUGUUCGCCGCCGUCAAGGACACGAUACUUCAGUCUAACCUAAAGGAGUACAAUCUGGUCUGAACUCGGCGUGGCAACACAGUGCUUGCUUGCCAUUGGCACCGGCGUUUCGGUACCGGCUACAAACAGCAGCAUGCGUAAUGGUGAACGAUCGCUGGCGAUGAUCUCGUUAACGUCAAAGGUGUGGUAUCCCUGUCAUCAUUAUUAUUCGCCUUUGGUGCCAUCCCUACCGGAACUCUAGCAUCAUUGUUACCAACCAAACCAACAAACAAACAAUUACUACAUCUGUGCGCGGAUCAGUGUCCCAUAACCCCAAGCGGAAGCAGCGGAAGCAGCAGCAGCGGCAUCAUCAUCAUGGACGGCCGCCAUCCGCUGGCAGCAGGGUUGGAUUAAAGUGUAACCCCGGGGGGACAGCAAUUUCCUUUUGCGACAACAUCGUCGUCACUCACAUCACAACACGAUCGCGCAAUCAUCGAUCAUUCAUCGUUCAAGUACACGUGUAGCGUAGUAGCGCGUAGCCAGCAGUAAUUUAAAACCCGCCAAAAAGGGGAAACCAACCAUCCAACAUUCUUCGGAACACUCUUUCCACGGCAGCAGUGAGCGCGGUGAAAAAUGCGGCGCCCACAACAGUGGUCCAGCUAUUUGCUUUUUUGUUUUUACUGACUUUGACCCAUUAUUAGCUAAAUGUCCGAUCUGUCAGACCUUACGCGGGGGGGGGGGGGGGGGGGGGGGGUGCGAGUGCAGGGGGAGGCGGCGACCAGACCAGACCAGAGUUUCAUGCUGCACAGUCGCUCUUUCUCUCGCAUGGGGUACGGAACGUAUUAUGUGUUCGGCUGGCUGGCCAUUAUGUUGUGCAGAAGGAAGGAAAGCGCACUCAAAUUGAAUCGAUAUCGUUGGCUUCGAUGUUUGCUUCUUACCUUCCCGCCCGUUUUUUUUCGAGUACAGCUGGACAGCAACACCCCCCCUUUCCCACGCAUCAUCCACACCGGCAUAUUGAACAUUAAACAAAACCGAACAUACCUUUUUAUUAUUCUUCGUAGCGCGCGAGCAAGAAAACAAGCGACACAAAAUGCGAACCAUUGACUGUUGAGUGUAUAAAUAGUAAUAUAACGUGAUCUGCAAAACCACACAAACCACACACACACACCAGACCAAAUUGUGUUACCAUCCCACAAUAAUGUUUUGCCCGCUCUGUCUGUCGUGGCCACCACUCCAUUAGCAGCGCAGCAGGCGAACGGCCGAACCGUUUGCCCCGCACCGUGCUGCUUCAUUCGAGACGCAUCGCUUGAUGAGAGUGGGUGUUAGUGUAACAAUUGGUGAUUAUCCAUUAUCCUGUUAAAGUAGUGUACUAUCUGUAUAGAUUUGCUGUAUAUUAUUAAUUAUCUGGACCCCCUCCUGCCCUUCUUUGCUUAUUUAAUAAUACCGCCAAACGUUAAGAAAAAAACGAUCACGGACUGCAUUCAGUUGAUGAAGCCAGCUUCUUGCCACCACCACCACCAACACUCACCAAUAAUAGGACAAUUGUGUUUCGAUGUGCAUUUUGCUGUUGUUGUUGUUGCUGGUUGGUUGUCUUAGCUUCCCAAUUUCUAAGUCACUCGCAGGAUCAUGGGAAAAAAGGGCUUUCUUUUUUAUUAUUUGUUUAAUCGAUUCAUUGGAAGUGCAUGCUCGCCGUACGUGCUCCGUUUGUGCUGUGUUAUGCUGUGUUGCCCUCGACAAUGAAACCGCAUUCGAAGGCCCAAAAGCAAAGGCCUUUUGUUUGCGUCCGUUGUGGAAGGUGCCCAGAUUCAUUAUGAUAUUUAUUGUCCGUUAAACGUUAAAAUGUAGCCGCACGAUUCGUUUCGCUUAUCACGCUCAUCUCGCACUUGCGCACUUCUUCCAGUGAGAGGCCAAGGAAGCAAGGUAUGGUUUUUUUCGUUACGAUUUUGGCCGAAUUGCAAUUGAAACGCGAAAUAUUAUUCCAACCCUAAAGCUAAUAAAUCGACACACACACACGCACACACACAUACAGACACAAAGUCGAAUGCCCCCCCCCCCUCCACAAAGAGGAUUACUAUAAACUAACAAUACGCGGUGUGUGUGUGUGUGUGUGCGAUUCGGACAAACAAAUAACUCGAAAAUUAAGUGGUGUAGUAAUCCCUCUUCGCUUAAGUUAUUUGCAUUUAGGUGUCGUUGAGUGAGAAAGAGAGAGAGAGAGAGAGAGAGAGAGAGAGAGAGAGAGAGAGAGAGAGAGAGAGCGAGCGAGAAGAGGAGCGCGAGUAUUUUAACGCGCGCUUGAUUGAAUAUUAAGGUAAUACAAUCUGCAUUGGACUGUGAAUUACAAAACAAAAACGGGAAAUAGAAGAAAAAAGCAUAAAAUAAAACAGUAAGCAAUCAUUUAAAACUCAAACACCCCCGCCCCCCCCCCCCCCCCCCCCCCCAGGGACAGCCAGUCAGCCAGCCAGCCAGCCAGCCAGCCAGCCAUACUAGUGAAUAAGGAGCAAGGGGGGCCGGCACUAUGUUGAUGGCCGUUUGGUGGAUGAACGAAUUACCGAUACCAGUUCGCUUUUCAUAUCAUGAUUUUGUGAUGAUUUUGUGCAGGAUAUCCUCCACCGUCUCCCCAACAAACACAAACACACACACGCACAAACUAUUUGAAUGUGAUUAUUGCUUUCCGAGGCGCGAGUUGGAACUCUCACUUAAGCUUGGCCAGCAGAAGCAGGUUGAACAUAGUUUGCUUUCUGAAAGCAUUAUCCGCUCUUAGGUUGAGAUUCUAAUUUGAACAAAGAAACAGGCGUCUGUCCAGCCAAGGGUGUAGGCUGUUUUUGUUUUGUAUUGUUUUGUUUUUUCGUUUAGUCGUCGUUAUUACGUUAUUCGCGCCGCUUGGUUCGAGCUUUAGCUUAAGUGUUUGUCCUCAGUUUCGAUACAGCCAACCUCCCCGUUCGCUUAGGUACAGUAAGGGUCUGCAAUAGAAAGUAGCGGGGAACAACAACCGAACAAAACGAUCGGCCAAUCAUUAUCGGCCCACCCUGAUGCUAGUACGUACUCUAGGGCACACUAUUCGAAUGGUUACCUUAUCUGUAUCAGUUGUUGUUGUUGUCCACCAGCCUCAUUACACACACACAUAUACAGCUCGCGGCAAUGUGAAUGUGACAACCAACAGCUAAUCUAACCCUUAAGUUAACUUAACGCGCGUUGUUUCCGGCUCGAACUUAACCGAUGCCGUCGCCGACUCCUAAUCUUUCUUCUAGCAAGUAGGGCUUCGAGCACACAAAAAUCCCCUUAUUACUGGUGUCCAAUAAAUAAGCUAAAGUAGAACCCGCCCUUUUUCCCGGAGUGUGCGGUUUUCUAAAGAAACAAUUGGUGGUGAUAAGUUUUUUAUUUUGCAUCCUACCGCUCACGCGCUCUUCGCCAGAUCAAACGAGACAAGUUAGUCAUACCACAGCACGGGUUCAUGGUUGGGUCUCAUACUCCAUUAAAUUAUGCCUCAGGUUGUACUGGCCCAACUCAACACACAUAAUAGCAGCGGUGGUAGGGCAAGGUUGUAUUAGCCUUUUCGGUUUUCGGUUCGGUGUCUACAGCAUCCAGGGGGGGUAGAGUUGCAGAAACAAAAAGAAAAAAAAAACUCCUCUUCCAGACAAACAUCAUGAACGCCGUUUCGGAAUUGAUGUAACCAAAAACCAACAGAGACGGCAUGCAACACACACACUGCAAAUUGUGAUCACACCUGGUCUGUAUUACGGAAUUCAACUGCAGGCCACCACAACAGCAACAACAAACACUUUGGAACAACUUUUAUCCCAAAAAUGGAGAACCAAAGUCGUCAUGUUUAGAUAGUUAGAAAAAUGGAUUCUUUCGCAACUGUGGGUGUGUGUGUGUGUGUGUGUUUGCGUGAUCGCGCGCGCGGUAUUUUAAGUUAAUUGUCUGCUGUCUUAUAGGUUCGGUUCGAAGGAUACGAUUGAUAAGCAGUGAGUCCGAAUUUAAUGUCCAAUUUUUACACACACACACACACAAGCGUACAUACAACACUAACAAAAAGCAGGCGGCAGCAAACAGGAGAAGGAAUGUGCCAACAAAGUAAAAGUCCCAAAACAAAAGCUUCACUUAAUAAGUUGCCUGCACUCCCCCCCCCCCCCCCCCCCCCUCUGGCCUGUCUCUGAUCGGACGCUCGAUCGAGUAACAAAUUCCGGCAUGCGGGGCUUAAUCUGUUCCCGCUCCGGUAUCGAUCGUGCUCGCCCGCGUGUUCGAUCGUUUUGAGUUGUCCCGCAAUACGCAUGGGAUGCUGCCCAUUUUGUGGCAUUUUGUGGCCGCCGAGGAAUGCUUUUUUUCCGCAAAUCUUACAUGCGUCUCAAUCUUUCCACUUUCUUCCCUCUUGCUCAUCCGCUGUACGAUCGCUCACGCCCUUUUAAAAACAUUCAUCCACAUACUGUUGUGCCAUUUUCAAACUAUUUUUUGAUUUUCUCAACAAAAAAAAAGAAAAUAAAAAUCAACAUCGCAUCACCAACCCACUUCAUGCAGCAGCAGCAGCAGUGUAGCUGAAACAAAUGCAAAAGAGAAAAGAAAAAACCAUUUAAAAUUUAAAAGAAGAAAAAAUGUGAUUCAAAAUUAAUGCGUGUGUGUAUGCUCCAAUUGUCACGCCAAAACAGAAACAAAAAAAAAAAGCUACGAAAAGCUACGAGAGCGGACAGUAAUAAUAUUCCUCCCCCCCCCCCCCCCCCCCAACCCCCUUUCGGAGCUAAAAGAGAGAACACACACGCACACGUGGUAGAAAGAACCGGGGGGGGAAGGCAGGCAAGCAUCACGAAUCACUAAAAGCGGGUAAAAUAAAGCAAGUGAGAUCGUGCGAGAGAUCACGCGGAAAACAUAAGCGCAGCAGAAAAGCACGGGCGGACGGCAAGUGAAUACUAAGUAAAACUAUUAUGAUUAUCCCGCUUAAGGACAGCACUAGCACCACCAGCCGCCACACACACCACACAAAAUGCGCCAGCGACGAGGACAAAAUUGCGCCAUUGAGGAGAUCUUCGAUCGGUCGGAUUAGGAAAAAAGGUUAUGCGCAUAUGAGCAUCAUUCGGAUCUCUAUCUCUCUCUCUCUCUCUGUCUGUCUCUCUACCCGUGGUUAGAGAACGUUACAUGUAAUAAUGAAUAGAUAAGAGGCAGUAGCCGGCAGCAGCACAGAUAACCACAUCCAUCGCCAGGAGAUGAUGUGUUGCAUGCCACACCGGCGGAUGCACUGUGUACAUAUAUACAUAUAUGUGUGCAUGAGCGUGCGAGGAAGAGGUGCAUUAACCCAAAAAAAAAACAAAACAAAAAAA